GAAGCUGAAGAUUUUUGACAAAAAACGAAAAUAUUUAAUUGAUUAAAAUUAUUUGUGCCGUGAAAAUAUCCCAAAAGUAUGAAGAAAUUAAAUACAAAUGAUUCUCGUAUCCCAAAGCCUUCAGGCAUCAUGAAGACUACCAGUAAAAUGUUCGAUUUCAAUAAGAUUAAAGAGGAAAAUCAUUCGCAAUCUUGCACCGAACCUCAGAAAAAACCAUUGACUGAAUAUAACAAAUCAUUCUCAUCGUUUAAAUUUGAAACAACAUCCAAACCAAAUAAUUUAUUUCAAAAAUCAAGCUUGAGAAGAAGUAGAUCUUUGUCAGAUGUUAGAUCAGAACCUGGCCCUGCAGCAAAACGCUUCCAUCCAAUUCUUGAAACGAUCCCAACUAAACGUUUAAGACCCAAUCCGAUUUCUAAAUCUAUUAAGAUCGACACUCUGGGGAAAAGGAAUGCAAUUCAUAACACUUUGAAGGCUGCAUCAACAUCCAAUGUUGUUAAAAUUGUAGCUAAAAAAGCUCCAAUUAUAUCAUCUACAUCAACUUUCAAAGCAAAACCAACAACAACUGCAAGUAAGCCUGAACCAUCACAGCCAGCAAAGACUGUUAACAAAAGACCGGCACCUUAUGACUUUAAAGCUCGAUUUUACAAUCUUGAGGAGAAAUUUAAAAUUCAAAAAGCUAAAUUUGAUAACCAGAAAGAACAAAUUGUUUCAUUGGAAGAACAAAAUGAGCUUUUGGAAAAGAAGGAAGAGGAUCUUGUAAAGAAACUCGAAAUUACCGAAAAAGAGUUAUCAGAAGCAGAUGGCAUUAAUAAACAAUUGAAACUUGAAAUCGAAGAAUUGACAGCAACAAAUGGACAACUUCUUACAAAAAAUACUGCACUUGCUAACUCAUUAUCGUCUACUUCUGAAGAACUUAAUGAGCUCAAGGUGAAACAAGAAAAGCUUGAAAAACUAUCGGAAGAACAUGAAAUUUUGAAGAUUAGAGCUGAAAAUAUGGAACAAAAUAUCGCUAAUGCAUCAGAUCAACUCGCUGAGUCUCAAAAUAAGCUUUAUAGCAUCAACAUUGAACGAAUGGUUUUGCAUAACAUGGUCCUAGACUUGAGAGGAAAUAUAAGAGUCUUUGCUCGUGUUCGUCCUCCAAUAAGUAACGAAGAUGAUAAGAUGGCAUGUGGUUGGUCAUUCAUUGAUGAAACAACACUUGAAAUCGUUAGUAACGAACCCGUAGCUGGAGGACGUAAACAAUUAAGAUAUGAUUUUUCAUUUGAUCAUGUCUUUAAUCCCAACACAACACAGGAUGAAAUAUUUGAAAUAGUUUCGCCUUUAAUUCAAUCAGCUCUCGAUGGAUACAACAUCUGUAUAUUCGCUUAUGGUCAAACAGGUUCGGGAAAAACAUUCACAAUGGAUGGAGUUGAGGGCAAACUAGGAAUCAUCCCAAGAACUGUGAAACUCUUAUUCGACUCUAUCAAUUCAUCUAAAAUUCUAGGAUGGAACUAUUCAAUAACUGCAAGUUUUCUUGAAAUAUAUAAUGAAGUUUUGUACGAUCUGUUGAGCAACGAAGACAAGGAUAUCGAAAUUCGCAUGGCAAAUGCUAAAAGCAAAACUGAAAUAUAUGUCUCAAACAUAACACAGACAGAAGUGAACACAGCAGCAAUGUUGUAUGAAUUGAUGGCUAUUGCAAGAUCAAAUCGAGCAACAGCUUCGACAAUUGGGAAUGAAAGAUCAAGCAGAUCCCAUGCUGUGACGAGACUUGAAAUCGUUGGAACUCAUCCGAGUAGACCAGAGAGACUUGUUGGAUUUAUUAAUCUUGUUGACUUGGCAGGAAGUGAAAGUCCUAAAACAAGCCAAAGGAUGGAAGAAACGAAGAAUAUUAAUAGAUCGUUAAGUGAAUUGAGCAACGUCAUCUUGGCUUUGGUUCAGAAGAAUGAACAUGUUCCCUAUCGGAAUUCUAAAUUAACGCAUCUUUUAAUGCCCUGUCUAGGAGGAAAUAGUAAAACUUUGAUGUUCGUUAACGUUUCUCCAUUCCAAGAAAAUUUCAUUGAAAGUGUUAAAUCGCUUAGAUUUGCUGCCCAGGUGAAUUCUUGUAAAGUAGCAAAAGCUAAACGUAAUCGUCAGUUAGUUGUUAACGCUAACACUACUUUAGUUGGACAAUCGUCUAAUUCAUAAAUCAAAUCAACAAUUCAUUAAAAUAACUUCCCUUUUCUUAUUAUCGAUUUAAAUAUCUUACAAAUUAUAACUUUCAUUAUAUAUUCUAAUCUGAUUUUUCACAAUAAAACAUUCAAACUUAAUAACCAUCAAGCAAAUUUAUUUGAAGAAAAAAAUUUGACACAUGGCAACGGAUCUGAAAUAAAAUUUGAAAC